UGUUACCGUCGUCAGCUGUCAUCAGGCCAAGAUGGCUGACCCGGGUGUACAGGCCAGCAUCCACAAGAACCUGCACACAACACUGCCCAGGAUAUACAACUACUAUUCCGCCACCCGCUUCAAGAAGGUCAACCUUAUCGACCGUCUCUACCCGGACUCCAAGGCUGUAGAAAUUUCCCACUGGGCGAUCCCUGGGGGCGUGGGGGCCUGGCAAGAGUGGACCUUCCAAGAGGUGGUGGCCCAGAACUUCAGCCCUGUAACCGUGGGAGACUCCUCCUUUGGCCCCACAUGGACCACACACUGGUUCAAGGUCCACUUCACUGUCCCGGACGAGUGGGCCGGUAGUGAAGUACGUUUUCGGUGGGGGUCCAACUCCGAGGCCGCUGUUUGGAGUAGUGACGGACGGAUACUUCAGGGGUUGUCUACGGGGGAUGAGGGAUCUCUGAGGACCGACUACACUAUCACCAGGAACUAUGUGGCUGGGUCAUCCCCCUUCACCUACUAUAUCGAGAUGGCCGCCAACAAGCUCCUGGGUGCCUCCCCUGGCGACCUCAUAGACCCGCCAGACCCGAACCUGUUCUUCAAGCUAACUCGGGCGGAGGUGGUAAGGUUGGAUUCGCAGGUGUACAAGCUGACCCGAGACCUGGAGGUGAUCUAUCAACUGGCCGAUGAGCUGAUACCAGACCAGAGAGGCUACCAGGCCAUGUACACAGCCAACCAGAUGGUCAACUCUAUCAUCAAGGGUGACGAUAGCGGGGCUAGUGACUUGGCUGACCAGUACUUCGCCAAGGGUAAUGGGGGUCGAGCCCACACCUUGGCCACCAUCGGUAACUGCCACAUAGACUCGGCCUGGCUGUGGCCAUUCUCUGAGACCAAGAGGAAAGUGGCCAGGAGCUUCUCGUCUCAGCUCAAGAUUAUGGAGGACUACCCAGAGCAUAUCUUUGUGGCCUCCCAGGCACAGCAGUGGGCGUGGUGUAAACAGUACUACCCAGAACUGUUCCAGAGAAUCAAGACCAAGGUGACGGAGGGUAAGUUCAUUCCUGUGGGCGGCACCUGGGUAGAGAUGGACGGUAACAUCCCCAGCGGUGAGUCCUUCGUCAGGCAGUUCCUCCACGGACAGAAGUUCUACCAGCAAGAGCUUGGGUUUACUUGUAAGGAGUUCUGGCUACCGGAUACCUUCGGCUACUCCGCCCAGAUCCCUGCGUUGAUGAAGCACGUAGGCUUGGAGAGGUUCCUGACGCAGAAGUUGAGCUGGAACACCGUCAACAAGUUCCCCAACCAUAGUUUCGUCUGGGAGGGCAUUGAUGGCACCACAGUCCUGGCCCACUUCCCGCCCGGUGACUCCUACAGUAUGAACGUUAAGGUGAGUGAGGCCUUACACUCCGUCAAGAACCUGGAGGACAAGGGAAGGGCAAGCACCUCCGCCUUCCUCUUCGGCUAUGGUGACGGGGGAGGCGGACCCACUCAGGACAUGUUAGAGAGAGUUCGGCGCCUCGCAGAUACCGACGGAUGCCCCAGGUUAAAGAUCAUGACUCCAGAUCAAUUCUUCGGUCGGCUGGAGGCAGAUAAACACAACCUCUGUCGGUGGGUGGGUGAGCUGUACCUGGAGCGACACAACGGCACCUACACCACCCAGGCGGACAUGAAGAGGCUGUGUCGACUGGCAGAGUUCAAGCUACGUGAUGCUGAGUUCCUCCUGUCGCAGGCCAUCACCAUCCUGGGUCCUGAUGGUGCUAAGGACCUUCUGCAGCAGAGUCAGGAGGCACUGGAGGAGGCGUGGAAGAAGGUGAUGCUCAAUCAGUUCCAUGACGUCAUCCCAGGCUCAGGCAUCGAGAUCAUCUACCCUGAGGCGGAGCGACUAUACCAGGAGGCCAUCGUCGCCGCCCUCACUGUCUGGAACAACGCCAAGGACGUCGUGUUCGGUAGCGAUGGGGAGAAGACGGAGGUGGCGGUGAACACUCUACAGUGGCCCCGAACUGAGGUGGUCAAGCUGACGGCCGCCCAACACCAGGAAGGAGGAGCAGACCAGAGGGUGAAGGAGGGCCAACAGUACGCCCUUGUCGAGGUGCCGCCCAUGGGUAGCGCCCCUGCCAAGCCCGUGACGCCCCCCAACACCGUCACUGUGGAGGAGGUGGACGGGGUGUUCGUGGUGGACAACGGUGUGGUGAGGGCGGAGGUCAACGCCUGGGGUCAGGUCAUCAGCCUGGUGGUCGCCGGAGACGACAGGGACGUCUUCCGCAGGGCAGACGGCACCCAGCUGGGGGGGAACCAGCUGGUGCUGUACGACGACGAGCCCAUCUACUGGGAUGCCUGGGACGUGAUGGACUACCACCUGGAGACUCCUACAGUACUGAACGUUGAAGGGUCUGGGUACUCUGUGACGCCCGUGACGGUGGUGGAGUCAGGCCCUCUGUUGGUAAAACUACGCUGGGGGGUCACCAUUAGCGCCUCCUCCACCUUCACCCAGGACAUCGAGCUCUCCGCCACCUCCCCCUACCUCACCUGUGCCUCCUCCGUCACCUGGGGCGAGGACAGGAAGUUCCUUAAGGUGCUGUUUGACGCCAAUAUCCACGCACGUCGGGCAAGCUUUGACGUCCAGUUCGGCCACUUGGAGAGAGCCACCCACAUGAACACCUCGUGGGACACUGCCCGAUAUGAGGUUUGCGGACACAAGUGGGCUGACAUAUCAGAGCCAGACUGGGGAGUGGCAGUGCUCAACGACAGCAAGUAUGGGUGGAUGGCCAGGGGUCACCAACUCACCCUCUCCCUCCUCCGAUCACCCAAGGCUCCUGACGACACCGCUGAUAUGAAAGACCAUGCCUUCAAGUAUGCCAUCAUGCCCCACACAGGUACGCUGCAAGAGGCUGAGGUGGUGCGCAGGGCUUACGAGUUCAACAACCCACUCUCCCUCCUGCAGGUGCCGAUAGAUAAGAGUGAAUGGUCAGCCGUCAGCAUGAACGGGUCAGGCGCGGUACUCCACACCAUCAAGCCAGCAGAAGACGGCUCGGGCGACCUAGUCCUCCGCCUCUACGAAUGUAACGCUGCCAAGACCACCGUCACGCUCACGUUGUCGUGGGAUGUGUCGUCAGUGAAGGUGUGUGACGGGCUGGAGGUGGCCGGGGAGGACCUUCCCUUCACCCAGGCUGACGGCGUGGCCUCUGUCCGUCUCUCCCUCGCCCCUUUCACCAUUCACGCCCUUAGGAUCUCCCUUUCAUAGUGAGGGAGAGCGAGAGAGUCGACCAUCAGCAGAGAUUGUAGGAACACCUGAAAAUUAUCAAGACUCAAGUCAAUGCCUUACAUGUUGAACUUAAGACGUUCCUCGGGAUGAAUGCAUCGGACUCGCCCCAUCAAUAGCGUAAAACAUGGACGAAAUCCCACCGCUACAGUAAAACAUUAAACAAAAUUCCACCGACAGAGUAAAACACUGGGCAAGAAUCCCAUCUCAAAUUGCUAUACAUUUUUAUAUAUUUUUAUGAUAAAUUCGUAGCAGAUAUCUAUAUGACUCGAUCUUUUCCUGUGUUAAAGUUUUUUUUUCACAUGCAGUAUUAAUACCGUAUCACUUAAUAGGAAAUAUAAACUAUUGCGUUACUU